CCCAAACUCUGGUUCCCCUCUAAACUUAGAUUGUUUUGUUUUGUUUUUCUUUUUACGCGUAUUUAGGCAGAAAUAUACAUAUUGGUAUAUAAAGCAACAUCCCCAAAACCAUUCGAGGGACACUGGCUGCUUUAGAUCAGAACUAAAUGUAGGCCUACUCUAGAAAUCUGUCAGGGAGAACAGGAAAUCAUAUCAUCGAUACGACAGUACGGAAGUAGGUUGGGUGGUCUGUUUGCUUGGUAAAUAUUAGCGAUAAAGGUUGGUACGAACGAGACCGAUGAACCAAAAUUGUUGCGAUUGAAGAUACGUACGGUUUUGAAUGCAGGAUGGACACCUGCUGUCCGAGUCUUCACUAGCCCUGAGUCCUGGCGCACCGCAGCCUUGGAGACGCUACGGAAGGAUGCGAGGCACGGCCGGAGCAAGGACUUCUGGGACAGAACCGAGCGCUGUGAUCUGCGACACGGCCGACCGCUGGACGCUGAGGAGGAGAGAGGGAGGAGGAGGUCCGUCAUCGCCCGCUCCAGGAUUCGCUCUCUCAAGCAGACGCAGACGGCGCGUCUGAAGACUUCACACACUCUCACUCACACACACUCACUCACACACACACACACACACUCUCACUCACACACACACACACACACAAACACAUACACAGAGCUCCUUACCAACCUGUGGCGCACGAGAGAGACGAGUCUGAAACAUGAACUUCCUGUCCCCCAUCGUGACAUUCCAGAACCUGCAUGAGGUGCGGCGCUUGUGCCACUGGGGUCCAGUAGUGGCGCUGUCCGUCAUCGGCAUGUGCUCCUCGAUGGCCGUUCUGGAUUCCAUUAUUUGGUACUGGCCCCUGGACACCAGCGGGGGCAGUAUAAACUUCAUCAUGCUCAUCAACUGGACCGUCCUCAUCCUCUACAACUACUUCAACGCCAUGUUCCUGGGGCCUGGUUACAUCCCACUGGAGUGGAAACCGGAAAACCAGCAGGACGUGGCGUACCUCCAAUUCUGCCGACUGUGUCAAGGCUACAAGGCCCCCCGCUCCCACCACUGUCGCAAGUGUAACAGGUGCGUGAUGAAGAUGGACCACCACUGCCCCUGGAUCAAUAACUGCUGUGGGCACCAGAACCACGCCUACUUCACCAGCUUCCUGCUUCUGGCCCCGCUGGGUUGCAUCCACGCUGCCUUGAUCUUCAUCAUGACCAUGUACACCGAGCUCUCUGACCGCGUGUCGUUCGGCUGGAGCUCGGUGAAGAUUGACAUGAGUGCCGUGAGACGUGUGCACCAUCCCAUAAUGCCUUUCGGUGUGGCGGCCUUCGCAGCGACGCUCUUCGCACUGGGAUUGGCUCUCGGCACCACAAUCGCCGUGGGGAUGCUGUUCGUUAUACAGAUGAAGGUCAUUCUGCGGAACAAGACCUCCAUAGAGGUGUGGAUCGAAGAGAAGGCGCGGGACCGGAUCCAGUACUACCAGACGGACGAGCAGUUCAUCUUCCCCUACGACCUGGGCUCCCGCUGGGAGAACUUCAAACAGGUGUUCACCUGGUCCGGCUCACCUGAAGGAGAUGGCAUCGAGUGGCCCAUUCACGAGAAGUGCCAUCAGUACACACUCACUAUGGAACAGCUGAAACAGAAGGCUGACAAGCGUGUGAGAAGUCAGGUGCAGUACGUGGUGGUGGAGGAAUAUAACGGAGCGUGCUGCCCGAUGGGCAAAGGCCUCAACACCUUCCUGCGCACGCCCUGCACCGAGGAGCCACGCAUCACACUGACCAAGGGCGAGACCAUCUACGCCACGCGUGGGACGAAGUGGUGGAUGUAUGGAGACAAAGUAUUGACUGAAGAAGAUGCUAAAGCAGGUGCUCGUGUCAGAGGCUGGUUUCCACGGCGAUGCGUAGAGAAGUGCCACUAUGACACGGCCAACAACUCUGCCACGCCCGAGGACAAGAAGGACAACUGACCAAUGAGUGCCAGCCGUGGCAGACCACAUGGGAGGGGGGAGUAACCAGCACGCACACACACACACACACACAUUUUCAGCGCACCCAACGUGCUUGCUGUGUGGUUGCACAGACACUAACACACAGAGGAGCUGGUUCAGUGACACACAGAGGUGUGUGUGUGUGUGUGUGUGUGUGCUCCUUUCCUCCUCUCUCUCCUGCUGAGGUCUGAAUAUGCAACACCCCUUACCCAGCACAUCACUACAGCUGCAUCAUGCAAAACCUCUGGUGUGUGUGUGUGUGUGUGCAAAGCCUCGCCUCGCCAUCCACCUCUCUCUUUCUUUGUUUUGUACAGCACAAAAUUCUGUAAUUUUUUUUAUUAUUAUUUUGUAAAAGUCA